AUGAAUGAUAACACUAAAGACCAAGGAUCUCAUUCUUUCGACCACCAAAUAGAUAUCAAUACAGAGCAAGUCAAUCUGGAUGGUAAAAAUAAGAAAAAGACACCCAAAGGAGCUAAGAACCAGAUAAAUAUAUCGAACAAAAGUCAAAUUAAUACGAAGAAAAAAUCCAAAGAUGAAAGGCUAAAUAAAUCAUUCAGAACCAAGAGUCACAAAAAAUUUAAUAAUCAAAUAAAAGAAAAAAGGAGAGCUGAUUCAACUUAUAGAAAAUUUUCUGAUGAUAACUUAGAUUUGUCUAUUCAAGAAGAAAUUAUGGGUGGAAAUUUCAAAAUGAAGGGUAAAAAAGCUCAAGUACUGAUCAAUCACCUAUUAGAUUUUAAUUUACCCGAAGUAGAUAGAGAUACCCAUUCAAAUGCUAGAAGAAAAUAUUCAAGUAAGAAAAAAAUCGAUGAAGAUGAACAUAUCAAUUUAACAGGCGAUUCCUUUAUCAAUGUUAAUUAUCGUCUAUUAAUAGAGGACACGGGAAAUUAUUCUGAACAAAUCAACGAUCCAAAUUGUAUGAUUAGCGAUGACAAAAUUGUAUCUAUAGUUGUAUCUUCUGGACAACAGUGCCCAAUCUGUCUGUGUGAGAAACCUAUUGCGCCAAGGAUGGUUGGAUGCGGUCAUAUUUUUUGUUAUUCAUGCUUGCUAAAAUUCUUCUCUAUAGAAGACAGGUUUAAAGACAAGACUACUGGCCAAAUUAAAAAAAAAAAAUAUAAAGAAUGCCCAUUAUGUAACAAUAUUAUCAGGCCUCAACGAAUCAAUCAUGUGACAUAUUUGGAAGAUAGCGCCUUGUAUAUUAAAGAUGAACCAAUUCCCAAACCAGGUGCUCAGGUUAAAUUGGAUCUAAUGUUUAGAGAGAAAGCUUCCAUUCUAGCUUUACCAAUCGAAGUCUGCUCUAAUAUUCAUGAGAUAAUUAAUAUACCAAGUAUAAAUAAUACUAAUGAAAUAAAAUAUAGUAGAUUAGUUAAAUGUGAUUCCUCUUAUAAAUUAAAAUUAUUAAAUGAGGAUAUUGAGGCUAUGCAGAUACAAAAUGAGAUUGACAAAGCACUGUAUAAUGAUGUUAAUGAUCAACAAUUCAUUGACUUAGCAUUAGAACAAAUAAAUAACACAAUAGUAUCAAUAUUAGAUGAAACCCAGGGCAAUUUGACGUCUAAUUUCAUAAAGAUGAAGAUUGGAAAGCAAGAAAGUGAAAAUCAACCUUCUAUGACUAUUGAUGAUAGCUCGGGAUUCUACUUUUAUCAAACCUCACAUAAUACUUCUACUAAAUACUUUUUAAGUCCCUUAGAUGUUAAGAUUUUACUUGAAAUUUUUGAGAAAUAUUCAAAUUUUCCCUCUACACUAGAAGUUCAAGUAGAAAACAUUCACUAUGAUACUGUAGUUACAGAAAAAUUAAUUCAUCGUUAUAAGUAUAUGGGUCAUUUGCCUUUAGGUACAGAAAUUGCAUUUUUAGACAUUAAUUGGAAGGAAAUGUCAAUUUUAACUGAUAAAGUGUAUGAAAAGUUUAGUGGAAAACUAAAACAACGUUAUAAAGAAUUAAAUAUAAAAAGACAAAGAGAGGAAAGAAACAAGAAACUGUAUGAGGCUAAAUUAGAGGAAGAUAUUAUGGCAUUUUAUAAAGCUGAAAACGGUGUCUUUUCUCUAACUUCAGAACAAACUGCAGAUUAUAAAAAGCUGCUUGAUUCUGGUACAACACUAGAAACUUUGUGGUCAAAGAAAAUAGAUAAUUCUAAUCAAAGUAUUUCAUCAAGCAGUAAUAAAAACAAAGCAUAUAAACAGAAUACUGUAUGGGGUACAUCAAUAUCUGUUAUUCCAGACGAAAAGACAUACAAAGAGGACGAAGAAUUUGCGGCAAUGUUACUUCAAAAAAUGAGAGGAAAAGAUCACGAAAUAGAUGAUAACUGUAAUUAUGAGAAUCAUGCAGCCAAUGAAGGGAUGUAUGAAGAUACUUCAGGUCAAACUUUUCAGAACCAAUCAAGUCAAAAUGGACAAAAUGGGAUGAGAAAGAAUAAAAAAAAGGGUAAAGUGGUACUAUUCAGUACCUAG